CCACCUCCUCCCCCUCCUCUUCCCCACCUUCUCACUCCUCCCUGCCCCUCCCCUCCACCCUCCCAUCCAGCUCAGGUUGCAGCCUCUCGGGGAGCCGCUCACCUUUCGGGAGCAGGGCCAGCACCUCCGAGCCGGGGCAGGGACCCCGACCGGGCGCGGGGCGCAGCGCCCAUCCGCGGGGCCCCAGGACGCGCGGACCUGCUGCCUGGUCCGGGCCGAUCAUGAAUAAGAUGAAGAACUUUAAGCGCCGCUUCUCCCUGUCCGUGCCCCGCACCGAGACCAUCGAGGAGUCCCUGACUGAGUUCGCAGAGCAGUUCAACCAGCUUCACAACCGGGACAAUGAGGGUGAGGGCACUCCCCCCCAAAAGCCCCUCCUUGCCCUCGACCACGCAGACCACACCCCACACCCCACAUCGUCACUGCUGGCCUUGGGGGAGGACAGAGGGAGGAUGGGGACUUCCCUCCGGGGUACCCAACAACAGGCCGGGUGUUCACGGAGGUCUCUGAGCACAUGGUUGAGGCAGCUGGGAGCCUGGGUCGCAGCCUGUGGCUUGGCCCCGCGGAGUGGCUCUACAGGGAACGCCGGGCCCAGGGUGAGAGGCAGGGGUCUCACAGCACCAGCUGCCCACGUCUCAUCCUGGCCACUGCAGGACAUCAGUAAGAGGCUCUCUCUGCCCGCGGACAUCCGCCUACCCCAGGAAUUCCUGCAGAAGCUGCAGCUGGAGAGCCCGGAGCUCCCCAAACCGCUCAGCCGCAUGUCCCGCCGAGCAUCCCUGUCAGAUAUCGGCUUUGGGAAACUGGAAACAUAUGUGAAACUGGACAAACUGGGGGAGGGCACCUACGCCACCGUCUUCAAAGGGCGCAGCAAGCUGACGGAGAACCUGGUGGCCUUGAAGGAGAUCCGGCUGGAGCACGAGGAGGGGGCGCCCUGCACGGCCAUCCGAGAGGUAUCUCUGCUGAAGAACCUGAAGCACGCCAAUAUUGUCACCCUGCACGACCUCAUUCAUACGGAGCGGUCCCUCACCCUGGUGUUCGAGUACCUGGACAGUGACCUGAAGCAGUAUCUGGACCACUGUGGGAACCUCAUGAGCAUGCACAAUGUCAAGAUCUUCAUGUUCCAGCUGCUCCGGGGCCUCGCCUACUGCCACCGCCGCAAGAUCCUGCACCGGGACCUGAAACCCCAGAACCUGCUCAUCAAUGAGCGCGGGGAGCUGAAGCUGGCAGACUUCGGACUGGCCCGGGCCAAGUCGGUGCCCACGAAGACCUACUCCAACGAGGUGGUGACCCUGUGGUACAGGCCCCCCGACGUGCUGCUGGGGUCCACCGAGUAUUCCACCCCCAUUGACAUGUGGGGCGUGGGCUGCAUUCACUACGAGAUGGCCACGGGCAGGCCCCUCUUCCCCGGCUCCACAGUGAAGGAGGAGCUGCACCUCAUCUUUCGACUCCUCGGGACCCCUACAGAAGAGACGUGGCCCGGAGUGACGGGCCAGUCUGAGUUCCGUGCCUACAACUUCCCCCGGUACCUCCCCCAGCCGCUCAUCAGCCACGUUCCCAGGUUGGACUCCGAAGGCAUCAACCUCCUGACCAGCCUUCUCCUGGGGGCGCACCCAGCUCCAUGCUCUCUGGGUGUGGGGCGCCGGCUCACAGUGCAGGGCCGGCUCCGCCCAGCUCUCUCCCUGUCCUCCCCUCCAGCUGCCUCCAUCUUCUCCCUGAAGGAGAUCCAGCUCCAGAAGGACCCAGGCGGCCGGGGCCUGGCCUUCCAGCAGCCAGGACGAGGGAAGAGCCGGCGACAGAGCAUCUUCUGAGCUGCGCCCAGCCCACUGCGGCCGGAGGGAGAGAGGCACACUGGGCAGCUGCAGGCAGGGUGGCUUGUGCGGCCCUCGGAGGACGGAGGAUCGAGGGCGAGGCCGGCCCGGAAGACCUCUGGCAGCCCUGCUGGCCACAGCUGGGUCCUGACCUGCUCCCCACAUCUCCCCGGUGGCCUCAGCCUGGACACCAACCCCUCCAUCACCUGCCCUGGGAGGGGGUGAGGGGCAAGGAAGGACCCCGGACGCUUUUCCAUCCCAAAGCCCUUGGGCACCAGCAUGGGGCCCACGGGGCCAGGAGGACCCAGCUGCCGGGCUGAGCACGGUGCCCUGGACAUGCCUCCCCCAGGGCCUGCCUGUCUCACCAGUUUGGUAGAUUCCCUUCUGGGCCCCUCGUUCCCUUCUCCCCUCUGAGAGCAGGAAGUGACAUGGCAUCUUUUCCAGGACCCUGGAAUCCUGGGUGCCAGUUUGUGUGCCAAAGCACCUGAGGGGCAGGGGCCCCCAGGGCCACAGGGGAAGUAGUCGGCCUAUCCCCACUCCGUCACCCCACCUGCUCCCAUUUCCCCUCCGGGCCAGAGGCCCUGUAUGCUGCUGGAGGCCCGCUGAGUCGGCGGCCUGGCACCGCCAGGGGCACUCCUGUGCCUCCGCCGCCCACCGUCUCCCUGGUCCGAAGGGGUCAGACUGCCUUACGUUGGAAGGUGGGAGCACGCGCUGCCCUUGGCGCUCUGACCCGAGCUCCUACCGCCCAACCUUUCCCCGAGCAGCUCCUGCUUGUCGCACCCGCGUGCUGAUAAGCCAGCCCGGGGCCAGGGUCCUGAGGACAGCACCCAGAUAGGCAGGGUCACCCCGGCACUGGUGCCAGGCUGGCCUUGGCUCCUUGGGCCUGGCACGGCCUCCCUGCCCUCCUUCCCAGUCCCUGUGGCCCUGUCCUUGCUCCGCCCGAUCCUGGCACCAGCCGCCCCAGAGGGUGGCUGUGAGAAGGCGAGUGUAAAUGGUCAGUCCGAGGUAGAGGAAGGUGGGGUGGGCCAGCACAGGGGCUGCAAGUCUGCGGGGCCUGGGCCCCUGGAGAAAGGCCUCCCAGCACCCCUUCCUGGCCUGCCUGCUGCGUCCCCAAGGGCACCUCCACAGGUGGCUGAACCUCGAAUACCGAGGCCAAGGGGAGGCCAGGCCCGACCCUCCCAUACCAGCCCCUGCCCUGCCCGCCCUCUGCCUGAGGGGCAGCCCUGGAGGGUCUUUGUCUCCUGCAGGGCCCCCUCCUCCCCCACGGUACUGGUACUGUGAACGUCCUGGGACUCAGCACGGAGACCGACGCCAUAUUUAAUUCAUGUACAGAAAGGAGCCGCAGUCUCACGCAGAAAAGCUGAGUCCGACAGAUUGAUGCCAAAGAUGGAGGCCUUCUGGGCCUCAGGGGUGCGGGUGUGGGUGUGUAUGUGUGUGUGUGUGUAUAUAUA